AUGUACUCCUCGCGCCACAACAGCUACGAUGCAGGCGACGAAGCCUAUGACGGCAACGCAUCCGAUGAGAAGCACGAAAAAGAGACGACAGAGGAUGGCUAUGACGAACAAUGGCAGGAUCACAUUAAGCCAACGCCAUACGACCACGAAGCCUUGAACGAAGAGAAGGCUGAGUACUGGCGGAUGAUGGCGGGCUGA